AUGCCAGACGAGUGGGUAUUCGGUGGUAUUGACCGAGACAUCACAGAAUGUUUUGCUGUCACUUUAAAUCAUCGUGAUGCUGCCACACUGUUACCAAUUAGACAACAGUAUGUCAGACCAGGUCACCGCGUUUAUGAAUUUACAGAUGAAGCAUAUGCAUGUAUAAAACCUAUAUUAAACCAUUUAAGAAAAAAUGAACAACAACCUGAAUUCAAACAAAAACAAGAAUUGAUAAUAAACGAGAAGCUUUAG